AUGAACAUCGAUAGGGAUGCUUUAAUUGGAGAUGGAGAUAGCACCGGAUGCAAACGUUACUCUGCACAGGUCCGGAUUCGUGUUAGAAAGCAUUGCCAGCCAUUGUCUGAAAACCAAUUUUGGCCAAUUAUUGCUGAUAACUACUAUACGGACGAACACUUUUCAUUUGAGUUGGAUCAAGAUCAGACACUAAAUCUGAUCUCAUUGUUUUCACUAUGGCCUGUGGAUUCUAGUGCUUCUUCCCCACCAAUUGCAAAGAGAUGUAACUAUCUUUCCCAUUCUCUGCCCAGAACUCCCAGAAGACUAGAAUCCAGAACUAUACAAAAUGGCCCUAAACUUGAAUACAAAGCUAUGCAAAAUGGCCCUAAGCUUGAAUAUAAAGCUAUACGAAAUGCCUCUAAACUUGAAUACAAAGCUGUACAGUAUGACUACAGACUUGAAUACAAUGCCAUACAAGACGGACAGAGACUUGAAUACACAGCUUUACAAAAAAGCCUGAGACUUGACCACAAAGCUAUAGAAAACUUGGCAGUAAACCAAGCAUAUGAAGAUAAUGGUGAUUUUCUACAAGGAAACACUUUGAAGGAAAGCCAAGUCAAUGCCACAGAUGAAGUUGAGCAUGUUCAAAUUUCAGAGUCAAGUGGUCAACAUUUAGACGAUCGAUCUUCACAUCAAACUUUAGAUGACUAUGUGGAUUGCAAUGUGUCCUCAUCUACCGAGACAAGUGAGAGUGAUGAAAUUGAAUUUCAUGAGAAAAAAAGUUCCUCAAUACCAGAAAGAGUUGCAGAGCUGGAGACAUUGAGUGAUCCUCAGUCAUUGAUUCACAAGUUAAUGCAAGACGUUCAGGAGUUGAAGGGUUCUCAGUUGAAGCAGAUUGUGAAAAUCAGCAUACUUGAGCAAGACUUGGUUGAUUCAAAAGACGAGAUCCAGCAGCUUAGGAACUCUCAUUGCCAUUUGGAAUCUAAAGCACGGUCUGUUUUAGACUCAGCCGAAGUAGACAGUCAGCUACCGAGCAAACCUCGUUCAAUAUUUGCUGAUCCUGUAUUUAUUGUUGGCGGAUAUGAUGGUUCUUCAUGGUUAUCAACUAUUUUCUUGUGUUGUGUGUUCUAUCUUUCCGGAACUAUACCGUCUCCCCCCAAACUGUAUCUGCAAGUUUCCCCGCAAAAAGCUCUCCACGCCUACUCUUAGAAAGAAGACUCCUUUUCUUUAGUUAGUACCGACCAUAAGACCCUUUAUGAGUAAGGGGAAUCGAAGGCCGGGGAAAGUUUAUUGGCCAUCUCAUGAUAUCAAUUGUUCACUUAGCCCGAUGAAGUUUAAAAAACAAUAUAUGCCUCGGCAGCAACCUCGAA